GGGCAAGUGGGGAGGGGGACUCAGCUCAGGACAGGGAGGCCCUGCUCGCAGGUCCCGGGGUCCCGGUGGCAGCCGGAGCGCUUGGUCCGCAGGCAGCGGGCGGGUGGUCCCCCCGCUCCGCCCCCACCCCGCGCGUGCGCGCCCCGGCCCCUCCCUCCCUGCCACCCCCCUCGGCUCCCGCGCGGCGGCGGCGGUUCCUUUCCCCCUCCCCCCAGCCCUGGCUCCGGGGGACCCCGCGAUGCCGGUCCGCACCGAGUGUCCCCCGCCGGCCGGUACCUCGGCCGCUUCCGCGGCCUCGCUCAUCCCGCCGCCGCCCAUCAACACCCAGCAGCCCGGCGUGGCCACCAGCCUGCUCUACAGCGGCUCCAAGUUCCGCGGCCACCAGAAGAGCAAGGGGAACUCGUACGACGUAGAGGUGGUGCUGCAGCAUGUGGACACGGGGAACUCGUACCUUUGUGGAUACCUGAAGAUAAAAGGCCUUACUGAGGAGUAUCCAACCCUUACAACCUUCUUUGAAGGAGAAAUAAUCAGCAAAAAACACCCUUUCUUAACGCGGAAGUGGGAUGCAGACGAGGACGUGGAUCGGAAACACUGGGGCAAGUUUCUGGCUUUUUAUCAGUAUGCAAAAUCAUUUAAUUCCGAUGACUUUGAUUAUGAAGAGCUGAAGAAUGGGGAUUAUGUCUUCAUGAGGUGGAAGGAGCAGUUCCUGGUCCCAGACCACACGAUCAAAGACAUCAGCGGCGCUUCCUUUGCCGGGUUCUAUUACAUCUGCUUCCAGAAGUCGGCAGCCUCCAUAGAGGGCUACUAUUACCAUAGGAGUUCAGAAUGGUAUCAGUCUCUCAAUCUAACUCACGUUCCUGAACACAGUGCGCCCAUCUACGAGUUCCGGUGACAGCGGUUCAGAGCAGGAACCAAAUAAAACUGAACUUGGCAAAAAAAAAAAAAAAAAAAA